AUGUUAUACAUUACUAAGGGAGUUGUGCUACUGCUUUGGGCUACGUUAUGCUGCGUGAACGGCGGAGCAGUGGUGUGGCCAGGGGCGAUUCCACUGCCUGCUUCGUUCAGAUCAAUUAUACCACCCCAAGUCAAAGGAUUCGCAUAUUCAACAAGCCAAUACAUUAAUGCGGUGCAACCGUCAUAUUCUAUCGGAUAUCAACCGCAAGUUGGAUAUCAACCGCAAGUUGGAUAUCAAAUACCUCAGCUAGGAGUAUACCCUACGUAUCCCGGAAUAAAUUUCCAACCCAUUGUAGCGCCACCGUACUAUCCUGGGACUAACCCACUAUAUCCUGGUCUAAGCCCUAUAGGACCGCCUAUAUCUGUUGCUCCAUCGCCACCACCUCAAAGCGCACCAGCACCACCAUCGCAGGAUGCACCUGGAGAUGAAGAUACUGCAAUUGUUGACUCAGCAGAAUUCCCCUCUGAUCAGAGAGGACAAAUACAGCCCGACCCCUCUCAAGGAUUCCAAACACCUUUUAACACCGGAUCCUAUGAUUCCAAAAACAUGCCUGCAUUCCCUCAAAUUCAAAGGCCAGAGGCUCCAAAACCCCCACCAAUCCCUCAACCGCCUCAAAUACCAGGAGUUCCUGCAAUUCCCCAACCACCGCCAAUACCACAAGGUCCUCAAACGCCAGACAUUCCACAGAUACCACAAAUUCCACAAAUACCUCAGUAUCCAGGGUCUGGCAGUGGAAUUUUCCAAUUUCCACAAUUCUCUCAGCCGCAGCUGUUUCAACCUAACCCAUCAUAUCCGCAAGCACCUCCUCAGAGUCAACCUUCGGAAUCCCAGUUCAGUUAUCCUUCACCAGCUACCGGUUCCCAGAGUCUCAGCGACGAGGAUUCAAUAGCCGUAGAUUCAGCCUAA